AAGAUGGCGGGGGCCGGGGAGCUGGGACUGGCCGAUCUGCCGUCUGAUCCUCUGCUGCUGAUCCUGUCCUACCUGGACUUCCGGGAGCUUCUCAGCUGCAGUCUUGUUAACCGAAGACUCAACCAGCUGUCCAACCAUGAUCCCCUAUGGAAGCGACCGUGCCGGAAGUAUUGGCUUGUGUCCGAUGACAAGAAAAAGAACAGAAGCUGGAAGGCAACAUUUAUGGCGUAUUACUUGGAUAUGGGGCGCUAUAUACAUCACUAUGCCAAGCUGAAGGCUGCCUGGGAAUCACUCAAGGAAUAUCUGAGUGAAAACUGCCCACGGAUGAUCGGCUCUCUAAAAGCUGGGGUUCAGGAGGAAGAUCUUGAUGCAGUUGAAGAAAGGGUGGGCUGUAAACUUCCUGAUGAUUAUCGCUGCUCGCUGCGAAUUCACAAUGGACAGAAGCUUGUGGUGCCUGGGCUAAUGGGCAGCAUGGCUCUGUCAAAUCAUUACCGGUCGGAGGACUUACUGGACAUUGACACGGCAGCAGGCGGAUUUCAGCGCAGGACAGGGCUCAACCAGUGCUUGCCUAUCACCUUCUGUAUCCACACUGGUCUCAGCCAGUACUUGGCACUGGCAGAUGCGGAAGGACGAAAUCGCAAUGAAAUCUUCUAUCAGUGUCCGGACCAGACGGCACAUAAUCCAGCUGCCCUGGACAUGUUCAUCACGGGUACCUCCUUCUCGCAGUGGUUCAUCACCUAUGUGGAGCGUGUGGUGUCAUGUGACUACCCCAUCAUCAGGGACCAGAUCUUCAGGUAUGAACAUGACAAGGACUGUGUGGCCACUACUGAUGAGAUCUCAGUGUCAGUCUCCACUUCCUUCCUCCCUGAGCUGAGCUCUAUCCACCCACCGCACUUCUUCUUCACCUACAGAAUCAAAUUGCAAAUGGCCAAAGAUGCUUUACCAGAGAAGGCAUGUCAGUUGGAUAGCCGCUACUGGAGAAUAACCAAUGCCAAAGGGCACGUGGAAGAGGUGCAAGGCCCCGGAGUAGUAGGAGAUUACCCCAUUCUGAGAUCAGGUCAGACAUACGAGUAUACAAGCUGCACAACAUUCUCAACAACCUCUGGCUAUAUGGAGGGUUAUUACACAUUCCACCGGCUGGACAAGAAGAGCGAGGUUUUCAAUGUAACCAUUCCUCGUUUCCAUAUGAAAUGUCCUACGUUUCGAGUGUCUAACAUUGCUACAGUAAAACAUGAAAGAGAGAGCUGCAAUGAUUGCGUCCUAGAAGACUACGACCCUGAUGACAGUGAUGACUUUGAUGAUGAAGAGAGGAGGCGAGUCUUCAAUAUGCCCAACCCCCCAGUCCACUGCCCACGCUUCACCUGA